CCCUGCUUGAGUAUAUCGCAUUCACUGAAUCUUCCCCGUCUCAGAGCAACAUAGAGAGCAUUUACAGCAAUGGCCAAUUACAUCCACGUCCCAGAUGGCUCGCCGGCGGUGCCUAAAUUAGACGUGACGGUAGAUGAGCACGAUUAUAGAGCCGGGGCGCUGAAACUCAUCAAGACACUCAGACCCCAUUGGAAGCCUUCGGAGGUCAAAAUGAAGACGUUCACAGAUGGCAUUACGAACAAGCUGAUUGGCUGUUAUAUCGGCGGGUCCAUGCAGGAGGUGGUUCUGGUGCGGGUUUAUGGGAACAAGACGGAACUGUUCGUGGACCGUGAAAACGAAGUGAAGAGCUUCCGCGUCCUGCAGGCACACCGAUGCGCCCCGCGCCUCUACUGUACAUUCAACAACGGCCUAUGCUAUGAGUUUCUACAGGGUGUAGCGCUGGAGCCUGAGCACAUCCGCAGCCCCGCCAUCUUCAGGCACAUUGCGAGGCAGAUGGCAAAAUACCAUGCCAUUCAUGCCCACAAUGGCUGGGUGCCCCAGUCAGGCCUUUGGCUGAAGAUGAGCAAGUUCUUUUCUCUUGUUCCUUCACACUUUGAAGACCCUGAGAUGGACCAGAGACUGAACAAUGAAGUUCCCAGUGCCGCAUGUCUCAGAGACGAGAUGGUCUGGCUUCAGCAGAACCUUUCUAAACUGGGUUCUCCAGUGGUUCUCUGUCACAACGAUCUGCUCUGUAAGAACAUCAUCUACAACCAAAAGGAAGGAAAUGUGAAAUUCAUUGACUACGAAUAUGCUGGGUACAAUUACCAAGCUUUUGACAUUGGGAAUCACUUCAAUGAAUUUGCAGGUCUGAAUGAAGUGGAUUACACCCUAUAUCCUGACCGAGAGCUCCAGAUGCAGUGGCUCCGGGCCUAUUUGGAGGCCUACAAAGAGUACAAAUCACAAGGCUCGCAUGUCUCAAACACUGAAGUGGAGCUGCUGUACGUACAAGUCAACCGUUUCGCCUUGGCGUCACAUUUCUUCUGGGGACUGUGGGCAUUAAUCCAAGCUCAGUACUCCACCAUUGACUUUGACUUCUUGGGAUACGCAGUCCUCCGCUUUAACCAGUACUUCAAAAUGAAGCCCGAGGUGAUGUCACUGCACCUUCCCGAAUAAUCCCUCAAAUCAACAUUCGCGCUACUCUAGAGAAGGGCUCCCCCUGGUGGACACCCAAAAUAGCCGGAGACCACAUCUGUACACAUCAUUUUAGAUAAGCCCCAAAACAUCUCUAAACUCAACGCGGGUUUAGCGUUAGCAAAACAAGCACCUACGCCCUCCUUGUCCAUCAAGGCACAAUGCCAAUGUCAUUGUCAAUUGAUGAAGCAAACAACUAACAUACAGGCUUUCAUUAGCUAUGAUGUAUGUGAAGAUUGAGCUCUAAAAAUAAAGAAAAGCUUCCCAGAUAGUGAUCCACACAGACAGAAAGCAUAAAGGAGGGCCGCUGGGUCCCGUUUUCAGCAGCUAACCAUCACCCUAAAGGUCAUUCCUGCUCGUUUACACAACUUUCAAUGGGAGAAAUCGGUGUACUGUAAGAUAAUCUUGGGUUUACUGUAUGGAUAGUCGCUGAUACUGGUGAACUUGGGGCCUGUUUUUGUUCAUGCGAGGGUUGUUCGUAGCACAGAUGUGUAAUUCGGGGACCAAUAGAAGCUUCGUUGUUCGUCCCGGCAGACGAUUCCUCUGUCGCCCCGUCACUGUGAACCACUGUUUCUCAUUGUUUUGUUUUUUUUUCUCAGCGUGGUGCUUGGAGAAAGUAGACGCACAGUAGCCAUGGCUACAUUGAGCCGGUAGCUAAUCUGAAGCCCACACCAAAGUGCUGAUAUUUACUUUUGCUUGUACAUUACGCACAGUGUAUUUUCUGUGGAGACAAAAAAAUGUACAGUGGUUUUUGUACUUAUUUAAAAUGGCUCUGUUAAUGAGAACGCUCAUGCUUUCUCUAGGUGAUUUUUUUUCCUGGAGGCCUUAAAUGACGGUGUCGACUGCUGGACACGCUAAAGCUUUUGUAUUCCUUCUCCCCGUCCGAAUAGCUAAACUAAACAACAGGCCUUUUUUUGCACAAACUGACUGCUUUGAGAUCAAAACCAGUCCUCAUUUUAUCCUGCGAUGGGCCGCUCUUUCUGCUUAGGAAAUGAAGACUAGUUUUAACUGCAAAUGGUGGAGAUUUUUGGUAACACUUUUGAUUUGAUUUUAUUUACAUGGGUUCUGUUUCACAUGUUACUAAAAGUGGAAUGCUAUGGUGAAUAUGUAGUUCCCUUCAUGCAGAAAAAAACAUUCUGUUUAUUAAAAUUAUUCAAAACCGAGGUCAAAAAAUAUUUGGAGUAAUGCCGAAUUUAUUAGAGAUAUAAUAUGUUGGGUCAAACUAUAUAAUUGCGGUAAAUUACGUUUUAUAUAGAUUUUUUGUUUAUCUGUUACUACUGUUCAAUGGUUUGGGGUCAGAAAGAAAACUGAUACAUUUACAGUCGUUUUCUUGUGUUUCGCAGCAAAAUUCUAUAAACUAUAUUGCAGCGAUGAUAAGAAAUGUUUCUGAAGCAUCAAAUCAGCAUAUUAUAAUGAUUUAUGAAUGAUUAUGUGACACUGAAAGUAGAAACCGUAAUCUUGUUUAAAUCGUAAUGAUAUUUCACAAUAUUUCACAAAUUAUACUAUUUUUAUUGCAUUUCGAUCAUUUCUGUUGUUUUUAUCAAAUUGAUGCAUCGUUGAUCAUGAGAGACGAAAUUUUAGAGCAGAUCUAGUAUAGACAACACCAUAUGUGAAUAUUUCAUUUAUUAAAAUUGACAUAGAGUUCAAGUCAGAAUUAUUAGCCCCCUGAAUUAUUAGCCCCCCUGUUUAUUUUUUCCCCAAUUUCUGUUUAACAGAGAGCAGAUUUUUUAACACAUUUGUAAACAUAAUAGCUUUAAUAACUCAUUUCUAAUAACUGAUUUAUUUUAUCUUUGCCAUGAUGACAGUAAAUAUUUGACUAGAUAUUUUUCAAGACACUUCUAUACAGCUUAUUGUGACAUUUAAAGGCUUAACUAGGUUAAUUAGGUUAACUAGGCAGGUUAGGGUAAUUAGGCAAGUUAUUGUAUAACGAUAGUUUGUUCUGUAGACUAUCGAAAAAAUAUUUAACUUAAAGGGGCUGAUAAUUUUGACCUUAAAAUGGUUUUAAAAAAUUAAAAACUGGUUUUAUUCUAGCCGAAAUAAAACAAAUAAGACUUUCUCCAGAAGAAAAAAUAUUAUCAGACUUACUGUGAAAAUUUCCUUGCUCUGUUCUGAAAAAAAAAAAUUCAAAAGGUGGGCUAACAAUUCUGACUUCAACUGUAGAUAAGAAAAUCAACUGCAUUUAAUUUGUAAUUCUUCUCCGUACACAUCCUAAGCAGUUUAUUAUUAAGUGUGACCAAUAUUUAACUCAAGUUCCAGUCAUUUUCUUGCUUUGAGACUUGCCUUUGGCGCCUGGCUGCCCUCAUUUACCUCAGUUUCCUACUUCAGUUUGCCUAUAUCACAAACAACCAUAUACAAUUCUGUAAAUACUAGAAACUGUGAACCUCUGGUUGUUUCAUUGUAUUUUGAAGUACGCUUCUUUUUCUAUGCCAGUUCUUUUUGUAACUUUCAAACUAGCACCUUUAUUACAUUUCUGAACCGUCAAGGACCACACAUAAUGCUAUUGUACUUUUUUUUUUUUAAGUAAUGCAUCCAGAAACAUUCAUCAUACAUCUUAACAAUGGGAAAUAUCUUGCGCUUUAAGUGCAUGAACUGAUUUCAUUUGAAUAAAACCGAAAGUGACAGGUGACAGGUGACAACUUUCAGCCAAUGAAGCGAUCUGGUGAACAUGUAAUGUACAGGACUGCCUCAUGCAAACAUGCUCUGGCGGUUUUUAAUGUGUAUAUAUAACUGUAAACAAACUGUACAAAAAGAUCUUUGCUUAUUAUUAAACAAUGCCUAUUGUCGAUAACUAAACAGAGAUUUUUUCUAAGCAGAAGUACUGUUAAGUAGAUUUAAUUAUAAUCUUGGGAUGAAAUCCUGAAGUGUUGCAUUGUAGAUUCUGUAUCAAAUCAUUCGAGUAGAAAUAAAAAUCUUCAAGUUUUA